UACGUCACCAUGGUACCGUUAUCAGUGAAGAUGGCGGUAUCUGCGUGGCAUCGUUGACAGCCUGAUGGAGGCUGAAGAUGAUCUGCCAGUGUUUGUCUUCAUGCUUGAUUAUAAAAACUACAGGAACAGAUCUCCUUACUCAGCCAUCAACUGAAAUGAGUCGACAGGCGCGUUUAAAAAACCAAAACUCACCACGAAGAAGCUGCAGAGAUGAGUUCAUCUGAAGAGGUUAAGGAGGAGGAGUCAGAUGGAGUCAGACCUCAUCAGUGUCGGCGGUGUGAGAAGUCUUUCAGUCGGGUCUGCAGCCUAAAAACACACGAACUCAGUCACUGUGAAGAGGAGCUGCUCUGCUGUGAGUGGUGUGAUGCCAGCUUCAGCCAGCAGGAGGCGUACCAGCUCCACCUGCACACGCACGCUGCAGAAACACCAUACCGCUGUGACCAGUGUGGGCGGAGCUUCAGCAGCCAUGGCUUGUUUAAAGAGCAUGUGCGUGAACACAGCGGAGUGUACCGGUGCGAUCAGUGUGAGAAGAGCUUCAGCUACCUCAGCAUUUAUAAAAUUCACAUGAGAGUUCACACUGGAGAGAAACCGUACCGCUGUGAUCAGUGUCCAAAGAGCUUCAGCUUUCUGAGUUCAUAUAAGCGACACCUGCUGAGCCACAGCGGAGAGAAACCGUACCAGUGCGACUUCUGCGGGAAAAGUUUCACCCAGUCUGGACAUUUCAGCCUUCAUCUCCGUAACCACACGGGGGAGAAACCGUACGAGUGUGAGACUUGUCAGAAGAGCUUCAGCGACCUGAGCGGGUAUAGGAUUCACAUGAGAGUGCACACCGGAGAGAAACCGUACUGCUGCUCUCAAUGUGGCCGCAGCUUCUCCCAGAUGGGGAACUACAAGUCACACAUGCGGAUCCACACUGGAGAGAAACCGUUUCACUGUGAACUCUGUGAUAAAAGUUUCUCUAUUUCGAAAACAUACAAGCAGCACAUGAACACGCACACAGGGGAGAAACCGCACAAGUGUGAGGAGUGCGGGAAAGGCUUUGGCCGGAUGAGUAACUACAUAAGACACCUUCGAAUCCACACAGGAGAGCAGCCGUACAGCUGUGAGCAGUGUGGGAAAUGUUUCAACAGCUCCUACAGCUACAGCCGACACCUGCGCGUGCACUCUGGAGAGAAACCGUACUGGUGCUCUCUCUGUAAGAGGUUCUUCACCCGCUCCCAGUCCUUAAAGAAACAUCGCUGUGUCCAGGUCGAAGGAGAGGAGAAGCCGACCGAGUUUAAGGAGGAAGGAGAAGAGGAAGCACUGAGCUGUUCACCAAACGGACUGAGCAUUAGCGACCAACAGUUAAUAAGUUAAACUGCAGAGCAUUUAUAACGGAGAAUAUAACAAAGGCUGUAGACCAGGGGCCCAUUUACAGAGGUUAAACAGACUCUUAAAAUAAUUAUAAUAAAUACUCACAGAUGACUGAACAUUGUCAGGUCAGCUGUUAUAGAAAUAAAGACUCAGGGUUGAUCAAACCAGGGUUUCCUUAACUCAGCCUGAAAUGAGCCACAGUCUUUAAAGUGAUCAAUGAUACGACAUAACAACAGAAGAUAAACGUGAUUAAAACGUGUACGUUAUUUAUCUAUGAGAAAUAUCAAUCUAAAGAUUUUCUCAGCAGUUUGGGAUUUUUAAAUAAAAGAUGGUGAAUCACAGCUAAUCAGUAUUUUAUCAUUGUAACAAGGUUUUUUUUUGUUUUAAACAAUCUCCAUCUAAAAAUGCAGUUUGAUUACUCUGUGACGAUGAUAUUUCCAAACAAAUCUUCAUGUUUUUAACAGUUUAGUUCAGUUUGUUCCCAUGACGUUCAAUCACUGCAUUUAUCCAUCACAGUCUUUGUCAGAAAACUGAAUAUUUAUUCAAACAUAAGAAGUGUUGUUGAAAAUAAACGCUGUACUGAAAA